CGCCGGGCUGGGCAAGGUGAGCGCCCCCCCGGCGGCCGCGGCCGCCCCGGCCUCCCAGCCUCUGCACCGCGGGCUGCAAGAAGUUAAUUUAUUUUUGGAGAAGCAGCCCUCAGAGUUUGUCUAAUUCCAUCUGCACCAGCUCCUUUCACUCUAUUUUAAACCAGUUCUUACUGUGCUGCAAGUUUAUAAAAACAAUCCCUGCUCCCUGAUAAAAGCAGCCCCAACCCGCGGAGAAAGCAAGGAGUCACAAAAGCAGCAUCUCCUCCGGGACACUCUAGCUCAGCCGAAAAGUUCGCAGCUGUGGGCAGAGCAGAUCUGGGUGACCCCAGCUGAGGACGCUCCUCUUUCCACAUUGAAGCUGGUUUGGACGAAGAAGCAGCCGCACCGUUUGCUACAGGGGUCACUUUGGUGUCUGGUUCUCUACUUGAGCAUUCAAAGUGGAUCAGCCAGAAUCUGGAUCAGUCCCUGCAGGCACGGUGAUGAAUGGUGUGAUCAAAGAGGAUUGCUCGGACCACAAAAGUGCACCAAGUGGAAAUGAAGAAGAAAAGGCACCCAAAGAGAAGGCUGUCAGUGAAGUGAGAGAUGGCACCAAGCUCCAGCCACCACCCUUUGCAGAGCGGAAGAACGUUUUGCAGCUACGGCUUCAGCAGAGAAGGACUCGUGAGCAGCUGGCAGACCAAGGCAUCAUGCCACCACUGAAAAGCCCAUCUGCAUUCCAUGAACAACGAAAAAGUCUGGAGCGAGCCAAGACUGAAGAUUAUCUCAAGCACAAGAUCAGAAGCAGGCCUGAGAGAUCAGACCUGGUCAACAUGCACAUUUUACAAGACUCAGCUGCAGAGGGGUCCAUUCAGUCUACUCAAAUGAAGCUGAAAAGAGCCCGACUGGCAGAUGAUCUCAAUGAAAAGAUUGCUCUCAGGCCGGGUCCUUUGGAGCUGGUGGAGAAGAAUAUUAUUCCUGUCGACUCAGCUGUGAAAGAGGCCAUAAAAGGUACUCAGGUGAACUUCUCCAAACCACCCGACGCGUUCGCCUUUGAGGAGGACAGCAGCAAUGACGGCCUGUCCCCGGAGCAGGCCAGGAGCGAGGACUCCCAGGGCUCCACGGAGUCGUCGGCGGGCACCAAAGCCUCAGAGCCGGCCCCGCCGGCGCCCUCGGGGACGCCCCAGGAUCACCCCCACAGCACUGAGGGUAAUGCAGCAGAGCUGGCCUCGGGGCAGAGCAGCCAGUGCGACAGCCCAAAGCAAGCACCAGGACAGGACAGCCCACCCCUCCCGGUGCCCUCUGUGGUGAAGUCAAAAUCAUCCAGUGAUAGCAAGAACCGUCACAAAAAGCCCAAGGACACCAAGCCCAAGGUGAAGAAGCUGAAAUAUCAUCAGUACAUCCCUCCAGACCAGAAGGCAGAAAAGUCCCCUCCGCCCAUGGAUUCUGCAUAUGCCAGACUCCUCCAGCAGCAGCAGCUCUUUCUGCAGCUCCAGAUCCUCAGUCAGCAGCAACAGCAGCAACAGCAGCAGCAGCAACAGCAACACUUCAGCUACCCAGGGAUGCACCAAGGCCAGAUAAAGCAAUCAAAUGAGCAAAUGGUCAAAAGUUCAAAUUCUUCAUCAACUUCUGUCAACAACACCCCUCUUUCUCCUGUGAAAACCACCUUUUCAGGCCAGACUUGUGUCUCAUCUAUCAAGCCAGGCCCUCUGCCAUCUAACCUGGAUGAUCUGAAAGUGUCAGAACUGAGACAACAGCUCCGAAUAAGAGGCCUUCCUGUAUCUGGUACCAAAACAGCACUGAUGGAACGGUUACGGCCCUUCCAGGAGUGCAGCAGCAAUGCAGUGCCAAACUUCAGUGAGAUCACAACUGUAACCUUUCCAGUCACUCCAACAAGCACCUUGUCAAGUUACCAGUCGCAGACCUCUACCAGCAUGUUAUCAAAUGGCUUCUACCACUUUGGCAGCACCAGCUCCACCCCACCCAUCUCUCCAGCCUCCUCCGACCUCUCUGUGAGUGGCUCUUUGCCAGACACAUUCAAUGAUGGGCCCAUGUCUUCGCCACAGUUUGGUCUUCAGCCAUCUCCAGUUCAUGGUAGUGCUGAAGAAAGCCUCAUGAGCAGCAUGAAUGGAGGGAGCAUCCAGCUGGAGCUGGAAGGGAUUGACACAGAGAAAGACAAAAUGCUGGUGGAGAAGCAGAAGGUCAUCAAUGAAUUGACAUGGAAGCUGCAACAAGAGCAGAGGCAGGUGGAAGAGCUACGGAUGCAGCUCCAGAAGCGAAAGAGAAGCAAUGGCCUUGAGGAAAAACAACAGCCCACUCAGCAUUUCUUUGGUGUCCCCAUCAAGCAAGAAAAUGUAGUGUCCAGCUGUCCAUUUGCAUCCAAACAAACUGCCUUGAAAGGCCAAGCCAGCAGCUCAGAUAAGUUAAGUAACUGUGGUGUGCCACAGCUCUCUCAUAUUGUAAAUAGUCACUGCCUGGAGCCUGCAGGGCAAAGCACCAUCACCUCCUCAACAUUCCUGAGCCCGCAGUGUUCCCCCCAGCACUCUCCUCUCGGGGCUGCAAAGAGCCCGCAGCACAUCAGCCUGCCGCCAUCCCCUAAUAGCCACUAUCUCCUCUCGGUGUCCCCCGGCUCACAGGCAGAAGGGCGCAGCGGGUCCCCACAGACCAACAGUUGCCUUCGCACAGCAUCGCAGAUGACUCGAAGUCAGCAGAUGGACGAACUCCUGGACGUGCUGAUUGAGAGCGGAGAAAUGCCAGCCAAUGCCAAGGAAGACCGGUCCUGCCUGCAGAAAGUACCUCACAUAACAGUGUCUACAGGGAACUCCAGCACUUCUCUCCCAAAGUCAUCUGUCGCAUUCGAACAGGUCUCCUCCACCCAGCUCCCAUUCGAGCACUGUCCAGGCGGUGGUGACACUCACCUAGAGGUCCUGCUGAAUGCUCACAGCCCACUGGGGAGAGUCAGUGAAAUUGCCCUACUGAAGAUGGGAGGAGAAGAGUCCCACUUCGAAGGGAUGAUAGAGGGGUUCUCCAGCAAAGCUGCAGAUGAACUGCUCACCUCCCAGGAAAUUUUACAGACUCCCCUCUCACCAAUGGAAACACAGCUCUCCCCUUCCCCUGCUGAUGGCUCUGGUUUACAAAUGAGUUUCACUGAAUCUCCAUGGGAAACGAUGGAGUGGCUGGACCUCACCCCCCCCAGUUCUGCCACUGGCUUUGGCUCGCUCACCUCUGCGGGCCCCAGCAUCUUCAACAUUGAUUUCCUAGAUGUUACUGAUCUCAAUCUAAACACCAGCAUGGACCUUCACCUGCAGCAGUGGUGAAUAGGAGGGCGGUGGAGGCAGGAGACUGCAGCAGCCAGUGCAGUGUUUCCGCCAUGCUGGAGAACACAUAGGGCUGACGUGCCAGAAUCAGGGGAAACUGGAGGCAUUUUCCCAGUGAAUAAACUUGUUUGCAUUUCCUGUUACUGCAAAGUGACAGCUCAACAGCUCUGGUACUUUGGUUUUCCUCCAUUGACAUAUCCCCAAAGGAUACCUUUAUCAACACUCCUUCAUAUUGACCGUUGUCUAGAACUUCGAUUUUGUUCCUCUUACCUUUUUCUCCCCAGUUUUAGCAGUCACUCCCAUGAGAACUGGAGCAGCUCAUGACAAAACUGUGUGGUGAGGACACCUCAGCUGGGAAGCAACAGGAAAUCAUCCAGAGGUUGCUGCCCCCUUCCCUCCUGCCUCUCCAGCUAGUUAGGCCAUUGUGCAUGGCUCACCUUAGCCAUGCCAGGUCACGAGAAUUGGGAGCAGAGAGGUCCAAGGGCUCUGCCCAGCCAGGGCAACAAACACACUUCUCUGUACAGCCAGACUUGCCUUACACCCUUCCUUCUGUCCCCAAAGCCAUGUUCCCCCAGUCCCUGCACAGCUGUGCUCCAGGUGAGUGAGAGAUGGAGCCGAUGUUCACAGUGGUACUUUGGGAUGUUCUCAGGCUGCCUGUGGGGCUGAAAGCCAAAGAGCUGUCCUGGCUGCAGUCUGAACUGAAUCAGGCUGAAGCCUGUGACCUUGAAGCAGAGAGGCCUGGAUGCUGGAGGCAGCUGCUCAGGCUGCAGGUGCAGGUAUUGAAAGGCUGUGGCAUUCUGUUGCAGCUGGCGUGUCCCAGCUAGUGUGGUACAGAUGAAGAGAUGUGUUAAUAUGUUCUGAUCCAAGGUAGGAGCAAGUCGUAUGGAAAAUACAGCAAAGCUUUGCAGGGGCUGUCCUCUGCACAGCCAAAAAUCAGGAUGGGUCUCUACUGCCCUGCAUGAUCUGGGAGCAGGGGCAGCCAGGAGCAGCCAUUCAGCCACCUGGUGUAGGACAGGGCUGAGCAGGCCCUUGUGUGCCUGUGGUUUUGUGUGAGCACCUGCUUUGCUGUCUCCACUCCUCUGCCAUCCAGAAGGCUUCCUUUUUCCCAUUCUUCCUCGAUCCCCAGCAGUGAUCCUCCUUUCCCAAGUUUACUCCGGCAUCACUGUUCACCUAGCUCAGAGCAAAGCCAUUUGGAGAACAGCUGUGAAUCACUGAGCCUAGAGGAGCUUGUUCUUCUGAAGCCAGCAAAGAUGGAUGCUCUCCUGCAGUGAUGCCUCCAGUGUGAAGUCACCAGCAUUUCUCCCACAAGUCUCUGUGCAAUAUACUUCCUCGGGCUCUAAUGAGAAGGAGCCUUUGCUUCACUUCUUGGCUUCCACCAAAGAAAUUAACUGCAGACUUUUUGACGGACACAUCUACUUCUUUGCAUUUCUGGUUUUGCCAAAGUAAAUAUUGUUGCUGACAAAGAUUGUUAAACUAUUUACAGACUGUGUGUAUUUAAUAUUCAUGUUACUGGAAAGACAUCACAUUGGAGAUGCGGCAGCUGGGGAGGAGGCCCAGUGCGAGGGGCACCGCGGGCAGCCUGGCUGCGGCUCCUGCGGGGCACCCACACCCAAGGCUUCCGCAGCUGCCAGAGGUGGCUCUGUGGCCACUGCUGUGUCUCAGCUUAUGGCGUUGUUGCAUGCUGUAUAAAGAACAUGGCAGUAGCUUUUAAAUCACUAUUUAAAGCACCACUUUUCUAUUGUACAAAUGGUCACAAUGCACUGCUAGGAUAGACAGUCACAGGUUGCAUUUUUUUUAAGUCUUUUUCUAAGCGAGAGACUUUUAGAAGCCGUUUCAUAAAGAAUAUUAAUAGCACUUGAAUCAGAGUAGUGUUAGCUGCUACACUGCGUCAUUGUACAGGGCUUUCCAGACAACUUUCUCCUCUCAACAAAUGUAUUUCCUUAUUUAAAGGGAUGCUGUCAGCUUCAACGUUGUAAGCAAGCACUUUUCCUUACCUAUGUUACCAGCAACACCUUCAUUAUUAAAAACCCCUUUGUCUUGCCACUA